UUCUCUGUUUUUCCAAAACAAUGCACCUUCUAUUCUACCAUUAUAAGUGAAACCAACCUUACCCUAGAAAAAGCUCAUAAAAACCUUUAUCUCAACAUGGCUUCUCUUCCUCUUGUUCUCCUCCUCAUCCUCUGUGGUUCUUUGCAUUUGCAUGCAUGCACCCCUCGUCCUCUUACUAAAAAAGACACAACAAAACCUCAUUUCGAUAAGCUAGAGGAAAAUCCAGCACAGCAACAAAAAAUCUUAAAUAAUGAAAUAAACAUUUGUGUGGGUUGUAGCAGUGCGUCAACUUUGAAGAUAGUGAUCGUAGGGUCAUCUUUCCAUACGGGUUCGCCAUCUCUUCUGCUCGUAGCAAAGGAUGAGAGGGGACAUGCAAGGUCAAUGCUUGGACCAGCUAGACACCAUGUUGAAGAAACAAUGGUUACAAAGACCAAUGAGAAUGAAGAAGACAUAGUUGAGAUGGAUUAUGCACAACCACAUCGGAAACCACCUAUUCACAAUGAAAACCCAUGACUCGCUAUAACACAAUGAUUUGUUGUUAGAGUUUAUGUUUAAUUACUUUACAAACAAAGCCUUUUGGAUAAUGUGUGAGGAUGUUAUAAGUUCUUUUGUUUUUGUUAAUGUUAGCUAGGGUGAAGUAAAUCAUCAAAUAUAAGAGCACAUGUAAUGUUUUGUGGAGAUGUGUCUUGAAAAAAGGUUAGAAAGAUUUGAAU